AUAUACUGAACUAUUAUAAAAUAUUUAACUUGUAUUUUUUACAUCAAAAAUAAUUUAUUAAUUUAUAUAAUAUAAAAUUUACUUCUCUCUGCUGCCAAUAGCCAAUUUUUUGAAAUGAAAAUGAUUUCUGUCACAGACGUCACGACCUUAGAAGGUUCUAGAAUCCUCGAAAUCUCAGAAGCUUUUUAGAGCGCAUUGCAGGUUGUGACGUCUUGAGGCGUGUUACAUUGUUCGGAGCAUUGGGUGGUUGUUUUGUCUCAUUGGAAAUAACGAAUACUUAAGCCGGUUGACAAGUAUUUUUUUUUUAUCAAACUAGUGAACGUUUUUCAAGACUGAAGCUAAGUUGUUUGUUUGGUGCUGGUUGUUGUAAAUUAAAUGGCUGCAAUGUCUGUGAUAGGAAUUGAUUUUGGAAAUGAAUCGUGUUAUGUAGCCGUAGCAAGGGCUGGCGGCAUUGAAACCGUCGCCAACGAUUAUAGUUUAAGAGCAACUCCCUCAUGCGUGGCGUUCAGCGGCAAGAACCGCAUCCUGGGGGUGGCGGCCAAGAACCAGAUGGUGACCAACAUGAAGAACACCAUACACGGCUUCAAGCGGCUGCUGGGACGCAAGUUCUCGGACCCGGCCGUGCAACAAGAGCUCAAGUUCCUGCCGUUCCGGGUGGUCGAGACGCAGGGUGGCAACAUUGGUAUUAAGGUGUCGUACUUGGACGAUGACCAGGUGUUCUCGCCGGAGCAGAUCACGGCCAUGCUCUUCACCAAGCUCAAGGAGAUUGCGGAGCUCAAUCUGAAGACCAAAGUCAAUGACUGUGUCAUCUCGGUGCCGUCGUUCUUCACGAACGCGGAGCGCCUCGCGCUGCUGGACGCGGCCCAGAUCGCGGGCCUCAACGUGCUGCGCCUGAUGAACGAGACGCUCGCCACGGCCCUGGCGUACGGCAUCUACAAGCAGGACCUGCCCGCCCCGGAGGAGCACCCCAGGAACGUGGUGUUCGUGGACUGUGGCCACUCGUCCCUGCAGGCCUUCGCGUGCGCCUUCAACAAGGGCAAGCUGCGCAUGCUGGCCUGCACCUCGGACCCGCAGCUGGGCGGGCGGGACUUCGACCUGGUGCUGGCGGAGCACUUCUGCCGCGACUUCCAGGCGCGCUACCGCAUCGACCCGCGCACCAACCCGCGCGCCUUCCUGCGCCUGCUGGCCGAGGUGGACAAGCUCAAGAGGCAGAUGUCGGCCAACUCGACCAAGCUGCCCAUGAACAUCGAGUGCUUCAUGGAGGACAAGGAUGUGCACGGGGACAUGAAGAGGGCAGACAUGGAGCAGUUGUGCGCACACUUGUUCCAGCAGGCGGAGAGAACGCUGCGGAGGCUGUUGGAGGAUUGCAAGCUGCGGCUGGACGAGAUCUACGCGGUGGAAGUGGUGGGCGGCUCGACGCGCAUGCCGGCCAUCAAGCAGCUGAUUGAGCAGAUAUUCGGCAAGCCGGCCAGCACGACCUUGAACCAGGACGAGGCGGUUGCGCGCGGGUGCGCGCUGCAGUGCGCCAUGUCCUCGCCGGCAAUCAAAGUGCGCGACUUCUCCAUCUCGGACGUGCAGAACUUCCCCAUCAAGCUGAUGUGGGACACGUCUCUGGGUGACGGAGGAGAAAUGGAAGUAUUCCCACAGAAUCACCCAGUGCCAUUUUCAAAGAUGCUGACAUUCUUUCGGAAGGAACCAUUUUCAAUUAAGGCAUUCUACAGUGGAAAUAUUCCAUAUCCAGAACCCUUCAUUGGGCAGUACACCAUCAAGGACGUGAAGCCAGCAGCUGAUGGGGAAAGCCAGAAGGUGAAGGUGAAAGUGAGGCUGAACAACAACGGUAUCUUCACGGUGAGCAGCGCGUCGCUGGUGGAGAAGCGAGAGGCGGGGGACCAGGACGCGUCGGAGGAGGCCGGCGCGGCCGACAGCAUGGAGCAGGACCAGGCGCAGCACAACCACGUGGGGCCCGAGGAGGACGAGAAGGCACCCAUGCCCGCAGACAAGAGGGACACGGACAGGAAGAAGAAGCAACUGGUGAAGACUGUUGAUCUGCCGAUCGAUGUCUGCUCGCACGGCUUCUCCCAAGCAGACCUCAACAGCUUCGCAGAGCUGGAGGGCAAGAUGAUCGCCAACGACAAGCAGGAGAAGGAGCGGGUGGACGCGCGCAACGCGCUGGAGGAGUACGUGUACGAGCUGCGCGGGAAGCUGUCCGCGGAGGAGGAGCUGGCGGGCUUCGUGCCCGAGACGGAGCGCGAGCAGCUCUGCGGGCACCUGGGCAGCAUGGAGACCUGGCUGUACGAGGAGGGCGAGGACUGCAACCGGCAGACGUACGUCGACAAGCUCACCUCCCUGCGGAACCAAGGGGAGCCCAUCAAGGCGCGGCGCGCGGAGUGGGAGCAGCGCGGCGCGGUGCUGGACGACCUGGGCGCGUCGCUGCAGCUGGCGCGCAAGGCGGUGGACCAGUGGCGCGCCGGCGACGAGCGCUACUGCCACCUGGCGUCGGAGGAGGUGCACAAGGUGGAGCAGGCCAUCGGCAGCACGCACCGCUGGCUGGAGGAGAAGCGCCAGCUGCUGGCGGGCACGCCCCGCUGCCACGACCCGGCCGUCACCGUCGCCGCCAUCCGGCAGGAGAGGCAGACGUUCGAGAGCACGGUGGGGCCCGUGCUGAACAAGCCGAAGCCCAAGGUGGAGCCCCCGCCACCGGCCCAGAGCGCCGAGGGAGCCGACGGGAAGAUGGGGGCGGACGGCGACCAGACGCAACACGCGCAGAACCACCAGCCGUCGCAACCCGGGGAGGACGGGAUGGACGUGGAGUAGGCCUCCGUUGUGCAGUUUGUGUGAAAGUGCUCGUGCUAGGGUAAAUGAUAUGGUUUGAGCAGGCACCCGCUGCUCAGAGUGUUGCACAGUUGCAAUCUGUGUCGUAGACCUCAUCAUGACAGCUUCGUCAUUCCACCAUAAUCUCAUCACUGCGUUCCUCUCUUAAGUGUUUUGUUUGCGCGUGGUUUUUCUAAGGUCUUUAAAUUAUUAUGUCAGUUUUUAUAGUCGCCUAGUUUGUUUGUGCUUGUGAUUCGCAUCGCAAAGCUACUAAUGGCUCUCCAUAGAACAAGUUCCAGAACUGCCCCGGUCGAUGUGCCCUCAUAUACAUAGGAGACUCGAGUCAACAAGUAUUACUAUUUGAAUUAGCAGGUGUACGGUUAAUGUCACAUAAAAAUUGCAUUUAAUUGUAAAAUACAUUGUGCAUGUGCACAGCUUGUGAAAUGCUUGUAAAUUUAAGAUGGAUAGAAUUUUUGAAAGUGAAAUUUGUAAAGUUGUGAUCUAUUUAAGAAAUUGAUGUUAAGCUAGGCCAAUGUUACUAUUAAAACAUAACUAAGCAAA